AUGGAAGUGCCUCCGGGAAUCGACCCGACCGAUUCGCGGGGACCGCUGCUGGUUGGCGUCACCAGCUUCGUUCUUUCAGUAGCCUUUGUCGCCGUUUCAUUACGAAUAUAUGUAAGGAGUUGUCUCAUAAGACAGAUAGGGAUGGACGACUGGGCUUCCAUUAUUGCUUUUCUACUAGUAUUUGCUUGCGGUUUCGCAGUCGCUUGGAACGUUAAAAAUGGCCUCGGCCGUCACGUUUACUUUCUUACCCCUGAACAAAUCAAGAACUACAUGAGGACAUUCUACGUAACGAUUGUCUUUUACAACGCCGCCCUGGCUGGCAUCAAGAUGACGUUCCUCUUCCAAUACUACCGUGUCCUGGCCGUGCAAAGGAUGAAGAAGGUCUUCAUAGCCGCCAUGAUCAUCGUCGGGGCGUGGAGCGUCUCACAGAUUCUCAUCGCCAUUUUCAACUGUUCCCCCAUCCCCGCCUUCUGGGACAAGUCCAUCGACGGCUCGUGCAUCCCCAACUAUCCGUACUUUUACAUCAACGCCGCCGGAAACAUCGCCACCGACAUCAUUGUGUUUGUCUUGCCGUUGCCGGUGAUCAACAAACUCAGCCUGGCCCGUGGGCAGAAAUACGUUCUGCUCGGCAUCUUCUGCCUGGGCUUCUUCACAUGCACUAUUUCCUUCAUCCGGAUCAGCUUCCUCAAGCUCCACGAGGACUUUACGUGGUCGAACGUCGAGACGGCCGGGUGGUCUGUCGGCGAACUAUGCAGCGGCCUGUUGUGCGCCUGUCUCCCGACCUUCCGCCCACUCACCUCUCGCUUUAUUCCCGCCCUCGCGAGCCGCUCCGCCAAGUCUUCGAGACAACGUCAGCACGACGGCUACUCCCACAACACAGGGAGCACCUCGAAACAUCGCGACCUCGAGGUCGGAGGCGCGCCAGGGAAGCCGGGCCGCUACUCGAUUCCCCACUCGAAACGCCGCACCGGAUCUACAGACAGUAAGGCCGACCUGUACGACAUGACGACUUACGACCUUAGCCACACGAGCUCGGAUCGCGAAGGAGAGAGGACCACCCAGGGACCGGCAGUAAUUGAGCGUCAAGAUAGUCAGGGGAAGGGCUCGCCCUCGCCAACGCGGCGGCAGAAGCCCAUCGAGAUGAGAAGAUUUAAAAGUCACAACGACGCCGUCGUGGAAACGCAUAUCGAGGCCGGACCGCGGGUCUCUGAUGAUAAAGUCAAGUUGAAACCAGGAGCGCCAAUCGAAGUCACCUGCGAUAUUGUGCAAAUAUCUUCGCAAAAGGUAGAGGAGAGGAUAUUUACAUGA